CCACAGUUACAGUUGAGUGUAGAAUUGGUCUCGAAUUCAUACGCGAGAUGUGAGUGGAAUUUGUUCACUUAUUAGUUCACUGUCUGCAAAGUAAGUGCCAAAAGUUCAGGUGACGUCACCAUCCACAGCGGCACGCGACCCUCUGCUGCCGACGUGGCGCGAGCUCGAGCUCGAGCGGAAGGGUUGCGCGAGCGCGACUGUCAGCAGAACUGAGCACCAUGUCGCAAGGUGAGACCGUGGAAGACCUCAUUACAAAACCUCCCCCUUCCCUCCAGCCGACUGCCUCUGAUGAAACUGCCACCGUAGCUGCAGCCAAUACAGAUGAAGUCCAGUCUAUAUCACAACUCUCACUAGACACAUCAGCCCCUGACAUAACCAAUGUGGCUGUAGAAGAGCACGGCACAACCAAAGGUGUUGAAGAGAUGCAGGUCCACCCAUCAGUAGAAAAACCUGAGGGUCAGGUGACUGAAUGUGUGGAUUCGGUGAGUUUGGAUCCAGAUGUUACACAGGAAGAAGCACAGGGAACAGAGCCCCUGGAUGAGUCUAAAUCUAAAGGCUGGAGUAGUUGGGGCUCCUGGGGGAAGUCACUUCUGACCACUGCUACAUCCACUAUGGGUCAAGGGUUAAGCUCUGUAAAAGAGAAAGCAGGUGUGGCAUUACGAAUCCGUCAGAGCUCAUCAUGUGAGGAGGCAGAAGAGGCUGAUGAGCAUUCUGGGACCGAGACGGCAGAACACGCUCAUUCAGAGGAGGUGCACAGAGGAGUGCUGUCAACCAUCAGCAGUGCUGUUCAAAACACUGGAAAGUCAGUAAUAACAGGAGGUCUUGAUGCUUUGGAGUUCAUUGGAAAGAAGACCAUGAAUGUCUUGGCAGAGAGUGAUCCAGGUUUUAAAAAGACCAAAAUACUAAUGCAGAGAACUGUCUCUCUGUCUCAGAUGUUAAAAGAAGCGAAGGAAAAGGAGAGAGAGAGACUGAGCAGUCAGAUGGUCACAGAACCAACCGCCCACUAUGGGAUCUUGUUUGAUGAUUACCAAGGCCUGUCUCAUCUUGAGGCACUGGAGAUACUUUCCAAUGAGAGUGAAGGGAGGGUGCAGGAAUUCUUGUCCACUUUGGAGGAGGAAGAUUUGGAAGUUAUGAAGAAGGAGCUGAUUGCAAUUAAAGAGAUCUUCAUUACUCAUGAGGAGGAGGAACCUGAUGCUGCCUCAGGGGAAAACGGUGAAGUUUAUUCACAAAUUCAGUGUUCCACUCCUCUCUCUGCUGAUGGAGAGGAGUUUGUCAGUGUUCUUACUGAACUACUCUUUGAGCUCCAUGUUGCUGCAACUCCCGACAAACUGAACAAAGCCCGUAUAAAAGCUCAUGAUUGGGUGCGAGAAGCGGAGCAAUCCCGGGAAGAUGUCAAAAAUGUUACAGAGGAAUUAAAGGAAGAGAGCUCCACCACUUGCCCUGCUCCAGAAAAGGAGGAAGAGAAAGAAGAAGAAAAGAAAGAGAAGGGAAAAGAGGGAGAGAAUGAAGAAAAUAAUGCAAAGGAUGGAAACUCGAACGCUGUUGAGAAGCUAUAUCUGUCAUCAGUGGGCAGUCUUGCUGAGGUGACCGCUCGUAGUAUAGAACAGCUACACAAAGUGGCCGAGUUGAUUUUACACGGACAAGAGCUGGAGAAGCCAGCCAGCCAACAGGCCAGUAUACUGGUCAGGUUAACCAGUGCCAUGUGUAAGGAGGUCAGAUGCCUGGCCCGAAGGUUCUCGGACACAUUACUGGCUGCAGGGAGUCAGAGAAAAGCAGAAGAAGUAAAUCCUCUAGUGGACAGUGUGAUGCUGGAGGGGUGUAAUAGCACUACCUACAUUCACAAUGCAUUCCAGCUGCUGUUGCCUGUUCUUCAGGUCUCGCAUAUCCAGACCAGCAGAACUGCGGCCAAGCCAGCCCCAGAAGCAGCAUCCACAGAGUAGUGCCUGUAUUCUCUUUGUGUGUGUUUCUGUCUGUAUCUGUGUUUUGUGUUUAGGUAUGUUGCUUCAAUAUGAGAGCUUACACCAAAAAGUGCAAUUCUAGUCUAUAUAUAGACUCUUACAAUGAGAUAAUUAGGAAAAUAAGAUUGAAACUCCUAACUUAUUUAGGAAGCUGCUUAUGUAUCAUUUUUUCUUUUUUUAAGUUACUUUACAAAAAUGAAGAUUAUUAAUCAUGUGUUGUAUUGUCUGAGCAGAUUUGAGCAGGUCUGCAACUGCCAUUCACUUAAAUUAAUCAAUCACUCAUACACCAUUACCAGUUUUUGUUUUGAAUAAAAUGAACCAAGAGCAUAAUCUGUAAUAUAAAUAAUAGGAAACUAAAGACUGAAAUUCUCAGUA